GCUCCCGCCUCUUCGUGUCAGGGCGGCGCAACGCGCUCGCGACUCAUCUGCGCUUUGCCGGCUUUUCCCCGCCGCCGUCGCCGCCGCGGCUGCUUUCUACCUCAGCGCCCGAACGGUCCGUGUGACACCCCCAUCCCGCGCUUGCCCUGGCGGCACCCCGGCGGUAGCAGCAUCAGCCGAGCCGAGGGAAAAGGCAAAGGGGCCGGAGAACUGAAGCGCUGCGCGGCGGCAGCUACAGCCGAGGACGGAAGAGGCGGCGGCGGUCGCUCUCAUCACCCGGGAAGAGGAGGGGGGGGCACGCUGGAGGGCCUGGCUCCCCUCGUCUCUCGCUCGCUGCGCUCUACGGUGAACAGAGGAGAUGCCCGUGAAAAAAAAACGCAAAUCUUCGGGGCAGGCGGGCGACGAGUCGGGCCUCAAGAAAUGUAAAAUCAGCAGUUAUUGCAGGUCGGCAGCUUCCAAUAAAGUGAUAAGUGGUGAGGAGCAUUUUUCAAGCAAGAAGUGCCUGGCUUGGUUUUAUGAAUAUGCAGGUGAUGAUGAAGUUGUAGGACCUGAAGGAAUGGAAAAAUUCUGUGAAGAUAUUGGUGUUGAACCUGAAAAUAUUAUUAUGCUAGUUUUAGCCUGGAAACUAGAGGCUGAAAGCAUGGGUUUUUUUACAAAAGAAGAGUGGCUAAAGGGAAUGACCUCAUUACAAUGUGACGGUACAGAAAAGCUUCAAAGUAAAUUUGAUUUUUUGCGAUCCCAACUGAAUGACAUUUCAACAUUUAAGAAUAUCUACAGAUAUGCAUUUGACUUUGCAAGGGAUAAAGACCAGCGAAGUCUUGAUAUUGACACAGCGAAAUCUAUGUUAGCACUUCUUCUUGGAAGGACAUGGCCACUGUUUUCAGUGUUUUACCAAUACUUGGAGCAGUCAAAAUACAAAGUAAUUAACAAAGAUCAGUGGUACAAUGUGUUAGAAUUCAGUAGAACUGUCCAUGCGGAUCUUAGCAACUAUGAUGAAGAUGGGGCAUGGCCUGUUCUUCUUGAUGAAUUUGUGGAAUGGCAAAAGGAUCGCCAAGCAUCAUAGCAAGAGCAGCGGUGAAGAGAAUGCUGGAUCUUGCGAUGCCCAAAAUCUACAAACACUGAUUCAAAACCAAGGAUUGCGUUCACAUCCUUAUGAACUUUAGUCAUUUUUUUUUCCUUUUAUUUUUAAAGGAAGCCUUGUUACACAUGAAAAGGGCAUUGAACCACACACUUCUGAGACUGAAAAUUGGAGGUUUUUGUCUUAAGUUUCUAUCAUUUCAGAACAAUAAAGAUUCAGAUUUGUAACAGUCUUAAAACGUGAAGGAUAUGACUAUGGAUCCUAUACUCAAAACCAAAAAAAAAAUGUUGAAUGCAUCAGAAAUGUCCAAUAUGAGUGACUGAAUUCCAGAUGUUUGUUACAAUUGUAGUAUGGUAGAAUAAGAAUUUGGUAGAUUGGUUCUUGUGGAAUGAAUGCCUUUAGAAAGGGUGAUUAACCUUAAGCCUUGGCUGGUGCUUUGCAAACACCUCUAUCACUUGUGCCAUAACUGAACAGCUUUGUGGAGAUAAAGCCUUUAUUAAUUUAUCAGCAAAUCCUACUACUUUUUUCUUUUGGUUUCUAGUAGAACAUUCAUGGUGGCCUGUUUUUGUUUUCCUUAGAAGCACUAGGAAGAUGCCUUCGACAAAACAAUUGUAAAACUUGAAACAUCAUUUGUGUUUAAUUAUUAUAUAUAGGACUACAUCUUAAUAGGAAAAUUAAACUAGAUCUUCUGAUGUGCAUUACGCUGAGAAUAAACUAUUACGAUUCUCCUCCCA